AUGUUGCUGCAGCGGCGCGGAGGGGGGGUGGCCCCCUGGGGCCUUUUGCUGCUGUUGCUGCGCGUUGCUGCGUUUUUGCACGGUGACUUCUGUUGGGGCCAUCAGCAUCAGCAGCAGCAGCAACAGCAGCAGCAUCAGCAUCAGCAUCAGCAUCAGCAUCAGCAUCAGCAUCAGCAUCAGCAUCGGCAGCAGCAUCGUCGUCAUUAUCAGCAGUAUCGGACGUUUCAGCACUACCAUCAUCAGCUCAGUGCAGCUGAGGAGAGGGAAAACCUCAUAAGCCUCUUUAACUCUCUGCAUGCAACAAUAAGAGCUCCUUCACUCUUUACUCGUGCUUAUGCAGUUUCUCCUAGAGAAGCUCUAUGGGCAGCAUCUUAUGCGGGGCCCUCUUCUGCUGUACAUGAAGGUGUUAAAGAGCUAGCUGCUGCAGGGGUCCUCAGCGAGAUCUUUGGGGGCCCCCCUACACUUGAAGCUGCAUUUGAAGCAUUAUUUGAUGAAACUGAAGAAAGCUGGGGUCAAGAGGUAGAGGGAUCGCUUUGGGGAAGCAGCUGGGGGGCCCCCUGGGGGUCUAGAUGGAGGAAGGGUUCAGGGGGGGCCCCCUCUAAGGAGCCUUCUUCACACAUUCUACCGCAGAUGUAUCUAGCUAUUGAUGCUGAAGGACGAACGAGGGGGUUUCUUGCUGGUCAUAUAGACGGGGAUAAGGCUGUGCUUGGUUUCAUAGGUGCAGAUGAAGGCCCUAAUGCAAACCGUGUCGAAGAUGCGUUGCUGGAAGCUUGGCUUCAGGCUGUACGGGAGGAGGGUAUAGAGGAAGCAACAGCAACAACAGCAGCAACAGCAGCAGAAAAAGUGCAGCAGAUGCUGCGUCUGGGGUUUGAGCCUUCGGUGCAGCAAGCAAAGCCGAGAGACACAACAGAUGAAGAAAAGAAAGCAAACACUGCUGGGGCCCCCUCCAAUGCAGAGCAGCAGCAAGAGGAGGGGCCCCCUACCUCUGCAGCAGCAACACAAGCAAAGGAUAAUGAGUUAGCAGCAAGCAUGCAACGAGAAGAAAAUGUUUUAUAUUCAUAUACACAAGAAGAGGGGGCCCCCGACUCUGAGGAGCCCCUACAAAUCACUUGGCGCCUCCCCGUCUCAUAUGAGAACGGCCCACUUACCUACGUAUUAGAACGGCAAUCAGAAAUCCGGGAUGUUUACCUUCCAAAGGCUGAAGAAGCGUUGCGGGUAAAGUAUACGGUGCCGGCGUUGGAGGUGGUGACUGUAGCACAGGCAGAUGCACCUCUGCUGCAGCAGGCACUGGGGUUUUGUUCAAAAGUUUGUGAUGAUUGCAUGCAGUUUUUAAACCCGGAGCAGCGGGAGGGAGUGCAUGCAUUUAUAGCUGUACUGUUGGCUUCUGCCGCUCUUGAUCAGGCGUGGGCUUCCUCUGCAGAAUCUGUCUCUGUUCAUAUUCCUUUAAAUGCUGUUUCUUCAUGGGCUAGUUUUGCUGCUGCUGGAUAUAAAAUAACAGGCUGUGCAGCAGAUGCUUUUCAGCUUGUUGCGAGUGCUAGGGGGCCUCCUCCCGACUCCCUUUCUGAUCUUAAAACACUCCGGAAACUCGAGUACGAGUUGGGGUGUAUGGAAGCUGCAGCUACCGGUGGUACUGCAGGGGAGGUGCUGAGGUUGAGCACUUUUUCUUCUUUUGCACGGCGACAGAAGGCGUUAACAAGUUACCCUUCUAAAGCCGCAGGAGCAGCAGGAGCGCAACAACAGAGCAGCAGCAGCAGCAGCAGCAGCAGCAGCAGCAUUAAAGGCGGCGCAUACAUCCCUCCGGAUUACGCACCUGUUGGCAGCGUUCCUUUGCCUUUCUUAGGGAAGAGCAGCGGUGCUGCUGCACUUCUUUUGGGUUUACUUGUGGGUUUGUUUUUAUUGAAGAAACCCCGUUCAGCUAUACGAUUGAAGAGAUUAGAAACGCAGCUAUCUGCUACUUCGCGUGGGGCUGCUGCUUCUGCUGCUUCUGCUGCUGCUAUUGCAGCAGGUGCUGCAUGGGAUUGGCAGCCCCCACCACCACCAGCAGAAGAGGAGCGCUCUAUGGAGAUUGAAGAUUUCUUUAUUCUUACUCACGACUCUUUAAGUGCAUCUCAGCAAACUCUACUUACUCAUCCAAACCCUUAA